ACCUCCGGCGGCGGGCGGGGCGCGACCGGGCCGCGGCCGCCACCUCCCGCGGCGCAGUGCCCUUCCCGGAGCGAGUCCUCGUCGCUGAGCUCUCUAGAACAGCAGCUGCAGCAGCAAUGGCCCCGCCCUGGGUGCCCGCCGUGGGCUUCACACUGGUGCCCAGUCUGGGGGGCUUCCUGAGCUCCCACUAUGUCCGUGGAGAGGGUCUCCGCUGGUAUGCCAGCCUGCAGAAGCCCUCGUGGCACCCGCCCCACUGGACACUGGCCCCCAUCUGGGGCACGCUCUACUCGGCCAUGGGGUAUGGCUCCUACAUGAUCUGGAAAGAGCUGGGGGGCUUCUCGGAGGAGGCUGUGGUUCCCCUGGGCCUCUACGCUGGGCAGUUGGCUCUGAACUGGGCGUGGCCUCCCCUCUUCUUUGGCGCCCGGCAAAUGGGUUGGGCCCUGGUGGACCUCCUGCUGACAGGUGGCGCGGCAGCAGCCACGGCCGUGGCCUGGCACCAGGUGAGCCCGCCGGCCGCCCGCCUGCUCUACCCGUACCUGGCCUGGCUGGCCUUCGCGGCCACGCUCAACUACUGCGUGUGGCGGGACAACCAGGACGGCCGCCGUGGCCGUCGGCUCUCGGAGUGAGGCAGCGCGGCCUCCGAGGACUGCAGCCGCUGCCCGUCAGGCGUUGCCGGUGGUGGUGGCCCCCAGGCUCUCGUGGCCACCAGGCCACCUGUCUGUCUGGUCUCAGCCCAGGGGGUCCCCAGCGGCUUCAGAGGUGCUCCAGGCUGAGCCCCCACCCUAGAGCCAGUGUCCUGCGCUUUCUGCACUGCUCGAAGCUCGCUCUUAGAACGUGGAAUUUUAUAAGCCAAAUAAAGUUUUCUAACCUC